GGGCCAGGGCGACAUUGCGGUGGGCGGGGCCAGCCUCGAGCUUGAGAGAGAGAGAGAAAGGUGUACAACGUUAAUUGCAAAUGCAAUGGAUAACAGUGAUAGUGAAAAGGUGGUAGAUAUUAUUCGACUUAAUGUUAGAGGCUGCAUGUAUACUGCCCGGCGUGAAUCUUUAUGUCGUUUUAAGGAAUCAAUGCUAGCAUCGAUGUUCAGCGGACGGUUUCCUCUAAAAAUGGAUAAUACAGGAGCUUGCUUUAUUGAUCGAGAUGGCAACCUCUUUAAAUACCUCUUAGACUAUUUACACGGAGAGGUUCGGCUUCCAGAAGAUAAGCAAACACGAAUUGCAUUGCAGGAGGAGGCUGAUUACUUUGGCAUUCCUUAUCCUUAUAGCCUUGAUGACCACUUAGCCAAUGAAAUGGAGACAUAUUCUUCAAAAUUAAAUCUGGAACUAAAAAAGGUUCUCCUUGAUUUUUGUAACUCUUAUGGCUUAAUAUGCACUAAGCCUACCAUUUGGAUUCUGCACUACCUCAACACUUCUGGUCCAAGUUGUGAGAGUAAGAUCAUUGGUGUCUAUGCCGCAAAAGUAGAUGGAACUGCUGCAAUAGAGAAAGAACUAGGAGGAAGAAUUCAUAGUAAAAACAUUUACAAACGAGAGUCUGGAAAUAAUGUCCAAUAUAUCUGGAGCUACUAUUCUGUUACUGAAUUGAAAAUGAUGAUGGAUGUAUUUGAGGCUUGGGAAGGAAAAGGUGUCAGUUAUUGGCGAGUUCCGCGGGAACAGAUAGAGUGUUGGACUCUUGAGGAGCGCCCUUUGGAAGGAAAUCUACAAAACAUGUCUCCUGUUCGUAAGCGGCAAAUAAUAGAUUUUCCCAAAGAAGAAGAAAGUCAGCGGAGCAUUAAAAUAAAUCGAAAGCCAAUUCAAUUUUCUGGUCCCUCAACAAGUACCCAUAUCAAAGUUAAAAACUCUGCUUCUUUAAAGAUAGCAGUAUCUCCCCCUCUUUCAUGUUCCCAGAUCACUCAUAAAAGACCCAGCAGAGACAGUUCGUUACCAUGCAGUGAAUUAUCAAGCACUAAAUCAACACGGUUGACUAAAAGCUCAUGUACGUCGGGCAGAAACGCUGAAAAUGGAGUGGUCCGUCAAAAAACCCUGGAUACGUCAUUGUCCAAGAAGCCUGCUGAGAGUCGUGUUGUAAAACUCAGGCGGACUCCAUUGCGUAAUGAACUGUUAACUCAGGAGCACUCGUCACUUGUAAGCAAAAUGGUUGAGCAGCAACUUCCACCAGUUUCAUCAGUUCCAUCACUGCAGAAUUUAGACCAGGAUUUGGACACAUCCUCCUGAAAACAUAAUGUUAAAAUUGUUUACAGAAUAGCAACUGAAACAUAAUUAUUAUCUGGUGCUGAUACUAUUGGUCUAGACCGAAAGGCUCCUUGCAGGACAAAUAAAAGUGUCCUGUUAUAACGAGAAGCCUUUAAUAUUUUUAAAUGACUAAUAUGCAGUACUUAUCUUUUUUAUAACAAGAGGUACAUGGAUGUUUAUAAAGUGUUUUGUAUUACGCCCUUAUUGUGCUGUAUAGAUCCAAAAUGGAGUGUUAAAUCAUUUCAGGAUAUGUUGUGAUUUUAAACAGACAUUCAAUCUAAAUAUUGCAGUUUGUGUCCAUUUGAUAUAACUCUGAAAUUUUUCAUUUUUUGUGUAUUUUAUGCUGAUUCUGGGCAGCAGUGUGGAAGUCCCAAAGCCUCAUCUAUCUGAACAAUGGAAUUGCUGUUCAACAGUUCUUCUGUCUUCUCGGGUUUUGCCUAACAUUGCCCACACAUUUUCGGAGUUUGGUUGUAAUUAAAAGGCUUUGGAAGGUUUUUUUUUUGAAAAGUUGAAAUGUAUACAGAUAAACAUAUAUGAUCUAAACUUCAGUGUUACUCCAUCUCCUGCAGAGGAAUACUAAUCCAGAUUAUCUCCAGGAACAUCUGAUUUACCUUAAUGCUUCAGACAGCUAUGAAUUAUUCUGAUAUGUAACUGAAAUCUACAUUGUAACACUAUAUUAUUAUUCCUCUUACUCCUUUAUAUAUAUAAUCAGCAGUUCCUGUUUGUGGCUGCUUUGAAAUUCCUUUCCUUUAGCCUUUGCUUCCAGUGCUCUUCUUUCUGAUUUUGCUCAUAUUACAUUUUGUCCUCUUCUCCAAAUUUGCAAAAUGUUAUGUCUAUCCAAAAAUGUGACCAGAAUCUUAAUGAUUGAAAUGCAGUACAGGUUGACCAUCUCUUAUCCAGAAUUCCAAAAUCCAAAAUACUCCUAAAUUGCCCACCUGGGUGGCUGAGAUAGUGACAUCAGUCCUUUCUGAUGAUUCAGUGUACACAAUCGAUCUUUCAUUCAGAUAAUUAUUUUAAAAUAUGGUAUAAAAUUAGAUAUGUAUACAAGGUAUGUUUGAAAUGUAAAAUAAAUUUUAUGUUUAGACAUGGGUCUCCUCCAUUAUAGACAUAUUUGCAAAGACAGGUAUUCUAAAAUCUGAAAUAACAAAACACAUCUGGUUCUAAGCAUUUUGGAUAAGGAGUAUGCAACCUGUAGUGUUCUCUUUUGUGCUACAGACUUACUCUCAGAUUAGUGUUUUACACACACUGGUUUAAAUUUGUAGAUUAUUGGUGAAAUUUAUAAAAGUUGAUUUGAAUUCAUUCUUUUCUCAGUUGUGUUAGAAAUACUCCUGCAAUUGAAUGAGCUUCAUUUUCCAGUUUGUAAAAACCUGGAUAGACUUGGGCUUGUUGGUAAGGAAAGAUAAGUGACUUGAUGUCCUUUCUAUCCUAAUGAAUUUUUACCCAAUUUCCCCAAACAUCCUACAUUGUAACUAAAAUUACAAGUUAUGAUACCGUGAGCAUUCAGGAUCUGCUAUGUGAUAAGAAGUAUUAUUCUUGGAACAAAAAUAAAUGUACUAUGGUUUUUAUUUGAAACUAGCCAUCUCCUGCCAUGCAUUGCUGUGGCCCAGUCUGGUGAUCAGGAAAAUAAAGUAAUGAGAAAGUG